AUGUCCGAUUACUGUACGAAAAUGGCUCUUCUGGACGAUACUAACGGCAACACGGUCAACAUAAACAACCAACCCAGCGGGGAAGCUGGAGGACCCGGGGACGGCUGUACUGUCGGUGGAGGGAUGGCACCGGCAACUGGCGAUACGGUCACCAUGCUCCACUCACCCUCGGCCGAUGAUCUGAGCCAAAGUUUGUCCGAGUACACGGACGCCGAUGAAAGCAUAUCAGCCCCAACCGAGCUGCUGGCGGAGUUUCUGUCAGCCAUUAUGAUUCGUGACUAUGUAAAUGCGCUCAAGUACUGCAAGCAGAUCCUUCAGUACGAACCGAACAAUACAACUGCACGCGACUUCUACCCACACAUCCUGUCGAAGAUCAGCGAAAUGCAAAACAAUGAACAAUCGGGUGAGAGCGAUGAAAACUACAACUUCAACUGCAGCUCACCACUAGCAUCGUCCGCCUCGUCACCAUCGUCCUGUUCCGUGUCCUCGUCUCCCGCCUCGUCACGCUCGUCCCGUUCCGCCUCCUCCGCGUCAUCGUCCUCAUCCGGGUGUGACAAUAUCGACGAGGUUAUAAUGGUGUGCAGCAGCGACAGUGACGAAUCAUCCGAGGCGUGCUGCUCCUGUCCGGACUCGAUCGGCAACGAGGAUGAGGGUGGUGCGAAGGGUGGCGAAAAAAAGGCAGUGAGCCUCGGUGAUCCGAAGGUAGAAGCGGCGGGGGGAGCGAUCGGACCGACCGGUGGUUCCCGUUCGCUGAGUGACGCCAACACGUCCCAAUCGUACUCGAGCCUACUGUUGGAGGAUGAAGAAAAGGAUCUUACACUGUCGGACAUUUCGAACCUAAACAUCGAGGAAGAUGAAACAUCGAACGAUUGUGGUGGAUCGCUGGAAAACAGUUACACGCCGCUCGAUGUAAGUGGGCCGGUAGUGAAGCCGGCGGUCCCUAGCACGAAUCUCGCCUCUGCCACGGUGUUUGCCUCCAGGCUUGUGGCGAUGCUACGGGCUAAGGUAAUACCGUCCAAGGCGGCAGGUGAUUGA